AUGAAAGACAUUUUCACAGCAGGGCCAUUGCCAUUUGUUUCUAAAGAGUUUGUGGUCAAGUUGGGUGACUGGGAUGGUCGUGAUGGGUCUUCUGGUUCCAAAAUGUAUUUUCGAAUGAGAGUGUCAAUUACCCCUGAAGUUUCAAAAAGGACCAACAGAGACGUGAUUAAACAACUUGUUCAGUUGUACAAAGUUUCCCACUUGGGAAACAGAACCCUAGCUUAUGAUGGUAUGAAAGGCAUUUUCACAGCAAGGCCAUUGCCAUUUGUCUCUAAAGAGUUUGUGGUCAAGUUGGGUGAGAGGGAUGGUCGUGAUGGGUCUUCUGGUUCCAAAAGUGCUUGGGUGUCAAUUACCCCUGAAGUUUCAAAAAGGACCAACAGAGACGUGAUUGAACCACUUGUUCAGCUGUACAAAGUUUCCCACUUGGGAAACAGAACCCUAGCUUAUGAUGGUAUGAAAGGCAUUUUCACAGCAGGGCCAUUGCCAUUUGUCUCUAAAGAGUUUGUGGUCAAGUUGGGUGAAAUGGAUGGUCGUGAUGGGUCUUCUGGUUCCAAAAGUUGCAUGUUCUCUGAAUAUUUUUAUGUUUAA